AUGCCUAGAUCUCAAAGAAAUGACAAUUUUAUCGACAAGACUUUCACAAUUGUAGCGGAUAUAUUAUUGCAGAUAAUCCCAAUGGCUUCAGGGGAGAAAAAGGCAUUUACCUAUUACAGAGAUGGUAUGUCAGCUCAAUCCGAAGGGGAAUAUGCGGAAGCUUUACAAAAUUAUUAUGAAGCCAUGCGACCGGAAAUUGACCCCUAUGACCGAAGUUAUAUAUUAUAUAAUAUAGGUCUUAUCCACACGAGUAAUGGGGAACAUACUAAGGCUUUGGAAUAUUAUUUCCAGGCAUUAGAACGAAACCCGUCUUUACCACAAGCUCUUAAUAAUACGGCCUUGAUCUGUCAUUACCGAGGAGAACAGGCCAUUCAACAGGGAGAUCCUGAAAUUGCGGAAGCUUGGUUUGAUCAAGCUGCUGAGUAUUGGAAACAAGCUAUAGCGCUUGCUCCAAGCAAUUAUAUCGAAGCACAAAAUCGGUUAAAGAUUACAGGACGUUUUGGAGAAUGA